GACAGUGGAGGAGAGAAGUUUGUGUUCUGACUCUCCGGUGCAUUUUAUAGAUUUUGCUUCGUUCUAAAACAAAGUUAAGGCUGUAUUACGCUAUAUAGCGGCCCAAACUGCAGUGUUUCUGUUCAGUUUUACUGCGGAACAGCUAGAGAAGCAGUUCAGCGGACUGUGGGGUACUGGUGCACAGCGGCGGACUGAGAGCUGGGGGAGCUGCGGUUGCUAACACUUGUCUUGAGCGGCGUGUCCGGGCUUCGUGUGUUGGUUGAGCAUGUACGGCGUCCUGAACUUCAUGCCAUGCGGGGACUGCAUUGUCGCCCACUGUGAGUGCUGGGACUGCUGCGUUUCACCGGAGAGCUUCAUGAACCGGUGUAUCCUGCCUUCCGCCCGAAGACUGCUGGGAUAGGCUCCAGCAUCCCCCCGCGACCCUGACGGAGAAGCGGCUUAGAAAAUGGAUGGAUGGAUGGAUGUUAUGUUUAUCUUUUUGUGUUGGAUGUCUUUUUUGGAUUUGUCCUACAUCCUUCUGGCACAUUACAAAAAGUGUCCAAUUCCCAGCACCACCACAGGAAAGGAUCAAAUGAUUGAAAUACAAAGGAUUUAACCACAGACCAUUGUUCUCAAAAACAUGUUAAUUGUACCAUUUCAUUUGAUAACACACACUGUGCAGACACAUAACAACCCCAGAAGAAUUUGCAUAUUUGUGUGCGUACCCUACUGGUAGUGCUGUCAUUUCUCAUACACAAUUAUCAUACAUAUUGUUAUCUUAAUAUGUAGAACAAAGGUACAUUGCUUAGGGCAAUUCAUUUACUGCCUUUAGACAAGUCACACCUUCAAAAUGCAAAUGAAUGAGAUUUCCAGGAAUUAUAACCCAUCCACAUAUAUUGAGACAAAUUCAAACUGAUGUAACAUAACUCACAUCUGUUUCCUUUGACAAGAAAUCAGCAGAAGGAUUUAGAAAAUGAGUGUAAACAUCAACUACCUUUUUACAAGGGUCACUGUGUUUGCGCUCACUAUAGUACUACCUACAGUACUGACUACAGUAAAAACUUCAAUACCAUCUAAAACCAGAAAUUGCAAGAUCAUUGACGAAAGGAUUAAUUCUGGACAUUACUAUAAUGUGACGGCCAAUGGAAAUUCUAAAGGAGCUCCAUGUGUUUUCCCAUUCUUUUACAAUGGAUCAUAUCAUCAUGACUGUGUUAGUUUUGAUCGCCCUAACCCAUGGUGCAGCACGACUGAUAACUACACCAGAGAUGGACAGUGGGGAGAAUGCCUCAACUAUGAUGUUUGUCAAGGUCACAGCACUCUCUCUGACCCAUGGCGGAACAUUGCCUUCGGCUCUUUGCUUGUCUGGAAAAUGCUUGACCUUAACUUGCAAGAAGGAUGGUAUCGCUUUAAUGGUACUGGUGGAGAUCAAAUGGCCUACUACUGCUUAAGUAAACCUGGGUUUAAUUACAGUUCAAUUUCUGUAAAUUUGACCUGGAACUCAUGUGAUCCAGUCAAUGGCAGUGCACAGAAUCUAGACUGUGGUGCAGGACUGAUCCUCUACUACCUCAUUCCAAUUAGAGGAGCUUAUAGGACAAGUCACUCUUCCUGCAAUGCAUCUUCCUGUGGGACGAAUGUUGCAUGUAAUAAUUCUGAUGGUGGAUGUGCGUGUGACUCUGAUAAAUAUCUAAUGCUCCAUGACGAAUACUAUACCUGCAUAGCUAGAUCAAACAAAAUUGGGUACACAUUCAUGGAUCUACAAAAUAUCCAGAACAAUCAUCACAAAGAGAACACCAAUGGGAACAACGUAGUAGUCGUGCUCCCUGUGGUGUCAACCAUACUGCACAACACCACCGAAGUGCAGCUCAGCAGCCCUUUCAACGUCAUCCAGCAAAACCCUUCAUAUGGCUAUCAGGUGACCCAGCCCCAGGUCAGGCCAUUACAGGACUCCUCCACAACAACUCCCAAUGUUCCCAAGCCAGUUGAAUGGUCAUGA